GUGGGCAGUGCGCAGGUGCGGACUUAGCUGUGCAGGCGGCGGUUGAGGCUUCCGGACGCGGUGCAGACCAUGACCCAACAGGGCGCGGCGCUGCAGAACUACAACAACGAGUUGGUCAAGUGCAUCGAGGAGUUGUGUCAGAAGCGAGAGGAGCUGUGCCGGCAGAUCCAGCAAGAGGAGGACGAAAAGCAGCGGCUACAGAAUGAGGUGAGGCAGCUCACGGAGAAGUUGGCCCGCGUCAACGAGAACCUGGCGCGCAAGAUCGCCUCUCGCAACGAGUUUGACCGGACCAUCGCAGAAACCGAGGCCGCCUACCUCAAGAUCCUGGAGAGCUCUCAGACUCUGCUUAGUGUACUCAAAAGAGAAGCUGGGAACCUGACUAAAGCCACAGCUUCAGACCAGAAGAGUAGUGGAGGCAAGGACAGCUGACGAGUGCCUGUUUCAGCCGUGGCCUAUGGCUGCUUAGUCCUCAACAUGUCUGUCCUAAAGCAUCUUUGUUCUUCGUGGCCUCAGAUGUCUUUUAUCUCUGGUGCCCAGAGGGGCAAUUUCUGACCUCCACCUGCCUAGACAAGAAAAGCCCUAGGACAGUCCAAUGGAAGAGGUGUUCCCAGCUCCGUACUCACAUGUGCUGUGGGGACCCUGAGCAGCUCCAUGAGGGGCCUCUCUCUGAAGCUCCUGAAUCCCUUUGGGCUACCAGGAAUGUCCUGGUCCUGGUCUGAGUACUGUGGGAGCCCCUCACUUUGUCUCCCCAGCCACUAGGGCCCCAGGCCAGACAUGUUGAAGAAAGAAUCUUGACUCCAGAACCAAAACCUUAGGGCCCAUCCCCAUGGCCUCUGGUGUUUCAAUAAAGGUUGUUUUGCAAGA